AUGUAAACUUCACCUCCUUUUUCACAUAACCAUUCAAACCCUCUCUUGAUGAAGGAUGAUGUAGGAAAAUCCAAACCAUCUACGUACAACCUCCCUAAUCAAGACUUCAUUUAUGGACAACCCUUAUCAAGAGACAAAGAAGGAGCCAAAGAAGUUACCAUGACAUGGAAAUUUCAUCAAGAGUCUCAAGAUAGAGUACCCAAUAGAGAUUUUGCUGAACUCAAUAAACAAUCUAUCCACAAUGGCUCAGUCAAAGCACAUGAUAUGUACAAGUAUAGACAGACUCACGAUGCCAGACUUCAAAUAAAGAAGGGUACAAAUAUUCAGGCCAUCGAAUUGCCAGAAGAAGAAUUUCGCUAUGGUCGCAAGAACAGACCAUCCACUCCCAUGAAGUUAGUUAUGGGCAACUCCUAUGGCAUUGAAGCUGAAUCAACCAUCCUAGAUAAAUAUCAACAUAGAGCUGGAUCUCAAGAUUCCAAAAUGACUUCCUCAGUAGUCAAAGGCAAUAAGGCAUCCCAAUUAUUUCAUGAUAGCAAUCACAAAAAAUUAGCAGCCAUCCAAGGAGUAGAAAAGAAGGAACCCUUUAAAAUGGAGAAAUUUAAAUCUGUCAACCCCAAAAUUAAUACAAAUUUAUCAACUAAAAAAUGA